AUCACAACAGCAGUUUCCUACACUCAUUUCCGCCAAGUAAAUAAUUGCGCAUAGGACGAUUUAAACCAUAAUUAAAAAAAAGCGAAAGAAUUUAAAAUCUUAAUAUGAUAUCGGUGGAAUGCUUAAAAUAUGGUAUCACGUUAGAUAUUUUUUGGCUUUAAUUUAUUUGGGCGCAGGCGCCGUGGAAAUAAUUUCAUUCAAUGACAGCAGCGCAGAUAGCAAAAUUUCACAUAGACGACGACAAAGGUGAUUUUUUGUGCAAAAAAAAAUCAACAACUAUGCUGCAUCAUCAAUUUUGGAUAACGAAAAAAACGGUGCAACGUAAACUUGGCAGUAAAGAAGAUGAAUACAUUAUAUCUUCGGAUGCAGAUCUCGAUGCAAAGAUCGAGGUGUUCAAGUCCAUAGCUAGCACCAGCUUUGAAUUGGGAAAAAUCAUUGACCAGCUGCAGGAAAGAUUGUGCAUUUUGUCACAGGAAGAAUGUGUGUUCGGACGUUUUCUCAAAGAAGUAGGCAAACGCAGCAAGACCACCGGCCAGAGCAUCACAAAUACGGGCAAGGCUGUCUCGUACAGUGGACAACAGCGUAUGUGUGUGCGUGUGCCAUUGUUACGUUUACAUCAUGAGGUGGAAGUGUUUCGUAGUAGAGCCGUACGUGAUACACAGGCGACCUUACAGGCAAUGGAAAAAGAACGUACUGAAUAUCGUGCCGCGCUUUCGUGGAUGAAAUCUGCCAGCACGGAAUUGGAUCCAGAUACGGGAAAAGGUUUGGAUAAGUUUCGCACGGCACAAACGCAUGUACGAGCAGCUAAGCAAAACUUCGAUAGCAUCUCAAUGGACUCCAUACAGAAAAUCGACUUAUUGGCCGCGGCUAGAUGUAAUAUGUAUUCACACGCAUUGGUUUCUUAUAUGAGCGAAUUGAAGGAGUUUGCACAAAAAACAGCAAGCACAUUUGAAACAAUCUCCAAGACUUUGCAGCAAAAACCUAGAUAUGACUUUUGUGUGUUAAAGGAGCUGACGCAAAAUGAGGGUGAAGUCGAUGAAGAGAAGAUAGAUGAAAUUGUGGCGUUGGAUAAAGAUCAGUCGCUUUUUUUUGAGAGUGAAUAUAGCGAUGAAAAGGAUAAAAAGAUGCAUGUGCAAGAUGCUAAAAUUGACAUACUCGAGACCGCUCUUGCGAACGAUAACACUUUAAUUGAACUAACAUCAAAUGUCGAUGACGAGCUCAUAAUAUCAUCCGAGCCACCUGCCCAACCAAAUCAAAGCAUUUGGUCUGGGCUGUGGCCCCUUGGGCAGGUUUUAGGGAGCAGUAACAACACCAACAAAUCCAAAACUAGCGAAUCCACAAUAGUUCCAACAGCUCAAAGUUUGAAUACAGCAGAGAAUGCAACCACUGAGUUUACUAAAACAACGAAAUCGACUAAUUGGAUGGAUCUAUUCGCAGAGUUGGAUCCUUUAGCCAAUCCAGAGGCUUUUGAUUUAAAGCUUAGUGGUGGACGUUUAAAUGCGCAGCAGAUAUAAAUUGUUUAAACAAAAGAUGGAGCUCUGUUUGUGCAUUGCCGCUAGAUAGCAAUGGUUCAAAAUGAUUUUCGAUAAUUUCUUAUUGUUUUGAAAGUCUAUUGAAAUGAACUUUUUUAUAGGAAAAAUGCUAGAUAGGUAUACGCAUUCCUUUUAUUAAAUUCGCCUUUGAUAAAUUUGUGGCGCAAAAGUGUAUCGUGAAAAAUGAGUUUCAGAUAAGCAAGUAGGAUGUGCUGAGGAAUGCAUCAAGCCAAAUCAUCAGUCUCUUUUAUUUCUAAACUAUAAUUGAUAGAAAUGCCUGAUGUACCAAUUCGUCAUUUAACUGAUUACGCAUAUUGGACAAUUGCAUCAAUUGUAGUUUAGAAAUGAAGUGACUGAUGCUUUGGCUUGAUGCAUUUCUGGACACAUGCGUAGAUAAAGUAAGGAAACCAGUAAUUGUAUCGGCUGUAAGUAAGCAGUUUUAUUUUUAUUGUAAGCGACAUUAAAACUUCAUUACGUGCUGAAUUGUCACCAUUAAAGUACAAGCAUAAUGCGCCAUUAAUCACAAUUCUAUUUCU